UUUUGAACUUUACAAUGAAAGUACUUGGAAUUUUCUUCGCCUGUUUGUUGGUUAAUGAAAUCUAUGGAUUUUCUGAUCGUAUGUGCGGUGCAAAAUUGACACAAAUUAUGUGGAUUGUAUGUGAAAAUGGCUUCAAUAGCAUGAUAGACAAAAGAUCGGAUCAUACUAACUCUAUUAUACCAGGCAUUGAGAGUGAUGUUCCUUAUCCCUUAGCUUCUUCAUCACUUUCGAAUAUUUUCCAAGUCGAACAAGGAAAUUUACUAGCGAAAACUCGCCGUAUUCGUAUGCUGGGUAUUGCAGAUGAAUGUUGCAAAAAGGCCUGUAAAUACAGUGAAUUGGCAGCAUAUUGUAUAAACUAAAAAAGGA